AAUGCAAUUGCAUCAAUAUAUUGGUUAAUAUUAUUUUUUCCACACAUUUGGUGCAUUACACUAACAUCUACUAGCCAAAAGAACCCUUAAAAAUAUGUCAUCUUCAUCAGCAGAAUCGAAAAUGGCCUUAGCCAAGACUGUAUUAUCGACAAUAGGCUCUGUUGCUGCGACAACCAUGUUGGUUCGUUCGAUAUUCCAUGACUACAUCCCUCAGGAACUCCAUGAAUAUCUCUUCUUUGGACUUAGAAACAUGUUCACCAAGUUCUCAAAUCAGCUAACGAUGGUGAUUGACGAAUUUGAUGGUCUUGUUAAUAAUGAAAUUUAUGAAGCUGCUGAGACCUAUUUGGGCAACAAGUUAUCACCUAACAUUCAUCGACUUAAAAUCAGUAAGCCUGAGAAGGAAAAGAAUUUCAACAUCGCCAUGGAACGUAAUGAGGAGGUGACAGAUGUUUAUAAUGGACAAACAUUCAAGUGGAUUUGGCUCUGUAGACAAACACAAUCUACAAAUUUCUAUAAUUCCAUGGACAUGAAUUCCACUCUAAAAUCUGAAAUUAGGUCCUUUGAGCUGACAUUUCACAAGAAAAACAAGGACCUUGUACUUAAUUCGUAUUUGCCUCACAUAAUGAAAGAAGCAAAAUUGCAAAAACACGUAAACAAGACGAUCAAGAUUCACACUGUGGAUUGUGAGAGAAUGUACAAUUUACACGAAAUGUGGAAGCCGGUGAAUCUUAAUCAUCCAGCCACUUUUGAGACAAUCGCGAUGGAAUCAGAUCAAAAAGACAUGAUCUUGAAGGAUUUGGAGAGAUUCGUGAAGAGGAAAGAUUAUUAUAGGAAAGUUGGCAAGGCAUGGAAAAGAGGGUAUUUGUUGUUUGGUCCUCCAGGGACCGGGAAAUCUAGUUUGAUUGCUGCAAUGGCGAAUUAUUUGAACUUUGAUAUAUAUGAUUUGGAGUUGACCUCGCUGAGGGGGAACUUAGAGUUACGAAGGUUGUUGGUUGCUACAGCCAAUAAAUCCAUUUUGGUGGUGGAGGACAUUGAUUGUACCAUCGACUUGCAAGAUAACUUGGCUAAUCGAGCUACUCAUGUUCAUUCAAUUAAUGGUUUUCAUAUGCAAGAACACAAGCAACAUCAAAUCCAUUGUGGCUGAGCAGAUUUCGCAGCAGCACUGUUAAGUUUUAGUCAAAUUACUAUCAAUUAAUUUAUUUAUGAAAAUAAAUACCAUAAAGUAAUUAAAAUCCAAAUACUUAAAUAUGGUAUCAAAAUCUGACAUUUAAAUCAUCACCUUCUCUAACUCUUACUUCCAAAUUGAAUUUUUCGUAGUUUAACUACUCCCAGAUUCCAAUCUUGAUUUGUAAGAGAAAAAAAUCACUAAACUAAUUUAUUUUUUUAAAAAAUAAAACUGAAUAAAAUUAGUUUAUAAAUAAAACGUCAAAAAGGAAAAAGAGAAAAAGAAAAAAAAAUGAAGGAAGCCAUGGAUGCUCAAGAAAUAUGGGUAAGCUAAUGAUGGUAGGGAAGAUGAGAAAAAAGAUUUGAAAAAUUUAAAACUACUCUUAAUAAAGUUAAAAAAAUUAAUAAUUAAUACAUGAGUUUUUAUAGUUUUUUUUCAAUAAGGCAAAUUGGAAGUGCCAAAUGGCAAUUUUACAUUGGUAUGAAGCUAUAUCAACAGUCCUUCACGCGUUCAUAUGCUGUGAUAACACGAGUGGUGUUAAAAUUAGUCAAAAUGGUAUAUUUAUUGUAGAUUUAGAUAGUUUUGUGGGGGUAAUAGGAUACUCGCAAAGUUAAAGUGUCUUUUUGAAAAUUCGAAAUAACUUCAAUGGUGAUUUUAUGUUUUUUCUCAUAUUAGAUCCUAAACUUGGGUUCAAAUGUUAACUUUGAUCUCCUACUUUCAUAAUGCACAAACAUGCACUUUAACUAUCCAACUUUUAAAUAAAUAAACACAUGUCCUACAUGGCACAGUACACGUAGGACAAAAAAUGACAUGUAGGACAUGUGUGUCUAUUUGUCCAACUUUAUACUAGUUUAAGUGUCUACUUGUGCACACCCAAAACUGAAGGGUAUAAACGUGAUUCGUACCCAAGUUAAAGAAACUAUUUAUGUAUUAUAUCAAGUUGUAUACACAAUAAAAUUGCGGCUAUAAACACUCUCAAACUUGGCCUCAAUUAACAAGAUUUAGACACUACAACUGUCUCAACGCAUGCAGGCAACUAAACGCUCCAACUCAUUGCCAUUGCAUCUCAUGGACACCCGAUGCUGAUGUGGCACCAAAAUAGACAUACUCAAAGUUGAACUCUUUACUUAUUAACCGAUGUCAAAUUUGAAUAUCUAUUUACGUAUUCUGCCAUUUUAGUUUAUGGAGAAGUAUGACAUUUGUU